AAACUGACACACAGUCACACAGACACGGUGGAGAGAGAGGGAGAUGGAAACGUUGGGUUCAGCUUUGCCGCAACCGAAGUGGUUGAACGUGUCGCAGGUAGGCCUCUCACCCUCACCCCUUAAUCUCGUCGCCACCGCGGCUUCUCUCCACCUCGGCCACCGUGUCAGCCACCACCUUCGCCUAGAGUUGCUGCUUCAUUGCUGCUACAAGAAACUCUCUCGUUUGGGUCACGUGCCUAGAUUGAAGGAUGUGUGGUGCGAAAAAGCCCUUCAAUUCAAGGGGUUUAAUUUUCUUCAGUUUCCAAAAGAUACUAUGGCAUCCACAUAUUUAGCUUGUUUCUCUUUCUUUAAUGGGGGAGGAACUAGAAAGAACUUCGGAAAUGAUGGGGCGCCUCGCUCGAAGAUAACCCGCAGGAAUUCAUUCAAUGGAAGAAGAUGGACCAAUGUUCUGCUUGCUGUUAAUGUCUUAGUUUUUAUUGCACAAACUGCAACACAGGGAAAACUGCUAUUUUGGGGAGCUAAGAUAAAUAGUUUCAUUGACAAAGGACAAUUGUGGAGGCUGGCAACGUCUUCCUUUUUGCAUGCAAACAUUGGGCACCUAAUGGUUAACUGUUAUUCUUUGAAUUCAAUUGGUCCUAGUGCAGAGAACAUCAGUGGCCCAAGGAGAUUUCUUGCAGUUUACUUUGCCUCUGCAAUUGCAAGUUCUGCAACAAGUUAUUGGUUCUGCAAACAGCCUGCAGUUGGUGCUUCAGGAGCAAUCUUCGGAUUAGUUGGAGCAGUUGCUGUGUUUGUCACAAGGCAUAGACAACUUGUUGGAGGUGGCAAAGAAGAACUGCAGCACAUAGUGCGGGUUAUUGUUCUGAACAUGGUUAUUGGUCUAUUGUCCCAAGGCAUUGACAACUGGGGACAUUUAGGAGGCUUGGUGGGUGGAGUUGCUGCAUCGUGGCUUGUCGGACCUGCAUGGAAGUACGAGUCCACGUCAAGUGAUGGUCGAAGAAUUUUUGCUGACAGGGCCCCAAUAUUCUCUCUCAUCAAGAUGAAGAGGGAAACCAAGCGAUUCUACUGAAUGUCUUUUGUUUCUGGGUGGAGCUUUCACUGAGUGCUUAGAAUGAGAGAGACUCAGCAAUGUGCAAAAUUAUUGUACAGUGAAAGAAUGCAUUGCUGGUUGCUUAUUCUUUAUCUGUAAUGAGAUUGCUUCAAUUUGUUCC